AUGCUUGUUUCGUCUGUUGUUGCUCUGUUGGCAACUGCUGCUUCUGUCGUGUCUGCAGAUCUUCCUAAAUACAGUCUCAUCAAGACCGAUCGUGAUGCUGGCCGCUUUACAUUUGUACCCACCACUCGUGCCCAAAAGGAAAUUACUCUCAAGAAUGCCGAAAAUAUUCUUACUGCAUGGGUCAAUUACGAUUCCAAGAUAGCCAACUAUGGAUCAGCCGCUGAUCCAUUCCCAAUCAUGAAGAGUGUUCGUAGCAACAUUGACAAGAUUAGUGAUGAGGAGCUCCAGCUUACACUCAAUGAUGCAUUUGUCAUGAUUCGUGACCAGCACACUCGUUGGUUCAAGCCUGGACCAUACCGUUGUUUUUUUGCAACCACUGGUCUAAAGUAUAACUUUAUUGAUGCUGACAAGGAUAUCGUCAACAAACCCAAAGUUGUUGUAUCUGAUAUUGUCAAGAUUCCCGAGUUUUUGGCCCUGAUGGGCAAUGAGUACUCCAAGAUUAAACUUGGUGACGAACUCUUGGGUAUCAAUGGCAAGACUUUUGUCGAGUGGUUCAAGGAGAACCAAUUCAAGUCUGGAGAUGGUGCCAAUGAUUUUGGCGGUCAGCGCAAUGCUCUUCGAUACAUUGGUACAAUCUAUGGUUCAGUUGAUCGUCUGCCCACUGUAGAUUCCAUUUCCUUGAAAUUCAAAUCUCUUAGCGACAACCAAGAAUACACCAUCGCCGUUCCUUACGUCACUAGCCACAGCGAUGUGUGCUGGGAACUCAGCAGUACUCUGUACCAGAGAGUUGCCAACAUUACACUUCCAGGCACUCCAACUGGCAGUUCCGGUUUUGCAUCAUUUGACAUUGCCGAGCAUGAGCGUCAAAGAAUGAUUGAUGCCGAGGAUGCCAUCAGAAACCCAGUUGCUGUCAAUGCUGUGUAUGCCGAGAUGGCAAAUGUUGAAAAGGAACUCUUCGGAUCUGUGAGUGCAAGUGCCGAUACCAGUUCAUUUAAAUUUAUCGAGACGGAUCUUAAAGGUAUAUCUUGGGGUGUCUACAAACCAGAAUCCAAGAACAUGGGUGUCAUCAAACUUGACAACUUUUCUCCCAAGCUGGCAUCUACUGGUACUGACGCCAGUUCUGUUGCAACUUCGUUUGUUCGUCGCUUGCUUACCCAUGAACUCAAAGAUACCAGCUCUAUCGUGUUUGAGCUUCGUGGUAAUCCCGGCGGCAGCAUUCUGUUUGCCAACUCGCUUCCCCAAUUGUUCAAGCCCGAUUUUGAUUCAUUCGGUGCUCGGUACCUCAAAAACAACGUCACCUACAACAUUUUCGUCAAGGGAAAAUCUGCCCGCGACACUUGGGUUAAAGUAUGGAACGAAUCACCCGCUGAUGCUCGCUACACCAACAUUGGUCCAUUUAACUCGUUUGAAGCUGCCAACUCUUACGGACAGGUUUACACCAAACCCAUGGGUGUUUUCACCGAUGGAAACUGCUUCUCUGCAUGCGACCUGUUUUCUGCCAAUAUUCAAGGCCAUGAAGCUGGCACCGUUUUCGGUGAGGAUGGGCUUACUGGUGCUGGUGGUGCCAAUAUUUUGGAUGUCGAUCCUGCACUGGUGAUUUAUUCACCAACCGACUUUCAACGGUUCCCCUUUUCCCUAGAGCUCACUAAUCCCGCUACAGGAUCUACGUAUGCUAAUAUGUUGUCUGUCGGUAUCCGUCAAUCUGUCCGUAAUGGCAAGUACGACGGCCAAUUGAUUGAGGACACCGGUAUCAAGUCAGAUAUUGUUGUGCGUGCUAAUUGGUCCGAUCUACAGCCCAACUCCACAACCAACACUCAGUACGAUCGUAUUGCUGACAACCUUUCUCGCAUUGGCAAGACUAAUGGACAGGCUGACACCAUGUUUGUUGCCGAGCCUUUCUCUAUUGAAGCAAACAUGGGAGAAUUUAAGCUGGGUGCUGAGGUUUCUGGUAUUGAGGACAUUACCAUCACUUCUGAUGAUGGCAAGAAGGUCUUGGCUACCCAAAAACUCACUUCUGAUCAUCACAAUGUCACCAUUUCAUCAAAAUCCAUUGGUAGUGAGAUUGGAACACAGCGUAUUGCUAUUAUUGGCUCUACUAAAGGCAAGCAGAUUAUCAAGACCUACCGUAUUGUUCGCGUUGUGCCCACUGAUGAGCAGCGCGUCCAUAUUGCUACCACUCCUUUUACCUUUAAUGGAACAUCUUCUUCCGUCGGUCUGUUCAACAAUGCUGAGACUGCACCCGGAGAUGGAUGGAAUCUCAAUAACGGAAAAUGGAUCGUUGGCAAUGGUACUUUGUAUAACAACAAUGUUGUCACUUCGUUGGAAGUUUUCAUGACUGCUCCAGUGGGUACUCAGGUCAGCUUGAAUCUUGAUGUCAACCUGGACUGUGAAAAGGAGUUUGAUUACCUCGGUCUACUUACCAAGUCGGACAACAAGGAAACCCCUCUCAUUACUACAACCUCGCGACUCACUGGACGCCUUAUUCCUGGUGUCAGCGGAAAAGACGCUGUGGUCAAGGGAGCUUAUCCCUUCACCACCACCACUGAGAAAUUCUCAGUGAUUCUUCGUUUCACAUCUGACAGAAUAGGCGGUGCAUUCAAGGGUGCUACUAUCAACUCGUUCACAGCCAGUGCUGCAAAAUAGUCUACACACUAAUGUACCUAGUGCACGUUGUAAGCCCAGCGAGUAUUGGUUUUCUAGAUACAGCUAGAGUUACUCAGUUGCCAUACUAACAUUUACAAGUAAUUGUUUUUAAAGCAUUUGCUUGUUGUUCAUUAUGUUACACUUGAUCAAAUAAACGAUUAAGUGCUGUUUUA